CCUUGUUUCUGGCAUCCGCGUCUUAGCUGACGUUGCGGGCAGCGAGAAACAGCUGAUAGCUAGUGGCCGUGAUUGGAUAAUUGAUUUUGAGAAUGGCUGCGAUUUUCAGACAGCUUUGCUUAUUGGUACUGACAGAGGCUUGCUACGAUGAGUUUUUCAUCAAAUUUAAUUUUCUUCACGUGCCAUGCCUGAAAGCAGCGAUAAGCAAGAGCUUGGGGCUGGGAAUUGUGGCUGGAUCUCUUCUGGUGAAGGUGCCACAGAUUCUGAAAAUUCUAGCUGCUAAGAGUGCUGAAGGGAUAAGCAUCACUGGUACUAUUUUGGAGCUCACAGCCAUAAUUGCCAAUUUUUCCUAUAACUUUAUUAAUGGUUAUCCUUUUAGUGCAUAUGGUGACAGUGCUUUCCUUUUAAUUCAAACAUCCAUUAUUGGUGCAUUGGUUUACCACUAUGGUGGUUCGACUACAAAGGCUGUUGGCUUUAUCGUAACUGUAACUUCCUUGGUUGGCAUCCUUUGCUCAGGAAUGGUCUCAUUGAAUGUCCUAUGGACCUUACAAGCAGCCAACAUUGCAAUUGUAUUUGCUGGCAAGAUGGUUCAGGCUGUGGCAAAUUACACUAACGGAAGCACUGGACAGCUCUCUGCUAUCACUGUCACAUUGCUGUUCCUGGGUUCGAUGGCGCGCAUUUUCACUUCAAUUCAGGAAACUGGUGACCAAGUGAUCAUUAUUACCUAUUGUGUUGCAACUGUUGCUAAUGGGAUUAUAAUGGCACAGCUCCUUUACUACUGGAAUGUUCCCAGUAAAAAGGCUAAGAAGGAGUAGACUGCUAAAGUCCACUACAUUGUUUACCCCCCUAUCAGACUGGUAGUGGAUUUUAUUAGUUCUUACUUCUAAAUUAGGUAAUAGGAGAGUAGACAUUCUUGUUUUGGUAAAACAUACAGGCAGUUUGUUCCUUGAUGUGGUGCAUAAAGCAAAACUUAAAGAGUCAUCAGGACUGUACAUCUCAGUUAUGACCAGCAUAUGUUAUAAGAAAAUUGUUUUACCAUAAGCAGUUUUGUCAUUUAUACCAUAUUUUUAUUACUUUUUACGGUAACUGAUCAAAGUGUAUGUUGGCAGUUUUGUAUUGUUUGAAGAUAGUACUGUAUCUGUUUAUGAUGAUUAUGAUAAGUGAUUAGCAAUAACUGUAUAGAAGAAGGUGCUUUUUGUUAUGAUUUUAAUAAUAUUGUGUGCAUAAUGUAUAAAUUAAACUGUUUAGAAUAUUUUUUGUGGCCUCAUGUGAGGUGGCAACUGUUUAGUGAUGAGGCAAACAGAUGUACACAACAGGAUUUGCUUAACAUGCAGAGGAACAUGCUGUCUUUUCUAUCCCAUUCCAGCAGUGCUGAGGAGUGCACAAAAUGAAAUGCCAGAAUAGCUUGUGAUGUUGAGUGUUGCCAUAGUUCCUCUGUUUACGAUACAGACUCUCAGGAUGAUUUCAAAGAAAGGGUUUCAGGGUCAGUAUCUGGUAACUGUGAUAUUUCUGAAGUUGGGAAUUUAUUUCAGACCUGCAAUAUUGCUGGUCUGUUUUGAGUUGGAGAAUUAACUUCAGUUAGUGGUACUCUUCUUUAUUUGUCAUGAAAGAUUAUAUUCAAGCUAAUUGUGACAAAUUUUAUUUCGAGGUGAUGUGUUUCCAGGUUUAAGAAUUUGGGAUGUUUAUUGGGAUUGUUUUUGUAUAAUGUACUUUGUUGAAACUGUAUUUGUUAUUUUAUAUGCUUUAUAUACAUUUUCAUAUUCUAAUAAUUUGUGGAUAAUGAAUUACUUUUAGUUUUUAUUAUUUUUCCAACUCAGAGCUUAUCAGGUGCAUUACUUGAAGCAAGAUAAUGUGCUUGAUACCUUAUAAUCACUACUCUCAUCAGUCGGUAUACCUCAUGUUUUGCAUGUUCAAGCCAAGCUCCCCAUUGGAGGAGUGGUGCUAUGGACAUGAAGUUUUGAGUGUGGCGGGUACAAAUCGUAAGUAGGGUGAAUGGUGUCAGUGUUGCAGGUUUCCAGUUUUUCUAGAGCUCUGUAGAUUGUAUCCUCCCUGGUCAAAUACUGCUUUAGAAGUGUGUGGUGUCUUCCUUAGUGGGGAUUAUGUCAAGUUUUUUGCCAUUUCAUAGGGACUGGGUAAAUUAUGUUUUAACCCAUUAUUAUAUGAAUUAUACAUACAUGCCUUAGUAACCUUUUGUUUUCCUGUCAACUUGUGUUAGGUUAUAUUCAUUGAUUAGGUAAUAUUUUUUCAGGUGUAAUAGACCAUCAAGGCUUAUAAUAAGAGUAAAAUAUUUGAAUGGAAAUACUUCUUAAACUUGCUAUAAAGGUCCAUAGAAUAUUUCAUUUUGUUAGUAAUUUCCAAUUUUUACAUAAUUAUAAAUGCUAACUUACUUAGAAAAUAUAAGGAUCUUUCAUAAAUACAAUAUGUACUGUAUUUUAAAUUCCAUAGACAAUAUGCAAGUAGUUGUAAUUUAAAUGAAGUCUGUGUAGUACUUGGUCUGAUUGGUGUACAGGGCAGUGUAUGGAAGAAUGGUACUAUUUUCUAAUUGGUUCAGGGAAGUUGUAGCCAAAAUUUUUAUAUACGUAUUCUUAUUCAUUUGGUCUGCUAUUGAGUAGAGGUUGAUUCUUACUUGUGCAUGAGACAAUAUUCUACUGUCCAAACUAUGAACAAGCUUAAUGUAUAGAAGGAAUUUAUGUGUUUUCCUGUAAAACAAAAGAAUCGCCUUACAAAUAUUUAAAUUUUGAUAGUGAUUUUUUUUCUUCUGCAAGUGAUAUAGGAAGGGGUUUGAUGUUGUCUCCCAUGUCUCUGGAAAGGAUGAAGAGAAUGAUUGAAAUUUGAAGUGUACAUUUAUCAGGAAACCUUCUCAAGAUAUGCUUUUGAGUGGAAUGGCUCAAGAUUUGACUUUUUGUCAUGGAAAUCAUCCCAGUUUCUCCCUGGUGUUAAUCAUCUCUGGAAGGUCACUUAUUAGAUACAUUUGCCAAGUUUCAUCAAAUUCUGUUCUGCUUUCUUGAGAUAUCCUGCCAACAUGGAUAUGUUAAUUUAGAUUGUAGUUUGCAUUAUCAAGUCAUCGUUCAGGCCUCUCAUAUGAGCAUUGAUUGUAAUACAUACUUGUAUGUAAAUCAGUUAACUCUUUCACCAUCCAUAAGAAAUUAAUCAUCAUCUUAUUCGUGGAUAGUGUAGCUAUUUGAAGUACAUAAGCAAUAGAGUUUAAAGUAAAGAGUAGACAUCCCCUAUUGUUGAAUUUCAUUUUUUUGUUUUGUUUCGGGAAUUCAAGUGGAAAUAUUAACUGAUCCACAUCCCAUUAAUUUUUGUGAAUAUUGUGAGAUGUAUUAUAUUUUUACAUGCUUUAUGAUUAACUGCAGGACUAGGAAAUUGUACAAAGUAAUUGUGAGAGUAUGUAUGAAUGUGUGCCCAUGUAUGAUGUACGUAUAUUGUUUAUAUAUACAGUACAUGUACAAGUAUGUUUGUGUCUUAGUACUUGUAUAUUUGUUUAUACACUGUGUGUGUGUGUAUUAUAUGAACAGUUAAAAGCCAAGGAAACCCUUCGAAGGGCCAGCCGUAGAGGUAUUAGUAACUAUAACUGUGGUCCGGUUAGAAUAUACAAUAAAAAGAAUAAUAAUGACAGAAUUAUAUAAAGAUAUUUUUCUAUACAUUGUGUUAUAGCUGUGCUUGUUUGUAGAACAUAGGAGGUUAACAGACUCAAUGCAGAAGGAGAUGCACUUGUAAUUGUGCUUUUUAAUAACUGAAGAUGCUGUAAUUUUUUUUCCUUUUAAGAAACUUAAGAAAUGAGCAGUUUCUCUUACAUCCAUUAUUAUUGUUGUAGAGCAGUGAUUAUCAUCGUCUCAGCAAGAUGUUAGGACAAUUUUUUUAACUUAUUUGGCUUUCAAAUCUUUAUUUGGGGAUUUUCAGCAUUGUAGUAAUAUCUUUAUAAUUUUGUACAGAAUAAUAAUGUCUUUAUAUUAAUAAUUUUUUUAAUUGGAUGUUUAAUUGUAACAAAUAGUGAUUAGGUUGCUUUUCAGAGCUCUCAUUUAAAUAUUUAUGGCUUGCAGUUGAUCCCCAAGGAUUUGCGGGGGGAUAGGGACCUCAACCCCAUGCAAACAGCUAAAAUCUGCAAAUACUUGACACU